GAAAUUUUCUUUCUGCUAGGGAAGCUACGUUGCCGAUAUUUUAGUAAUUUCACUUAAAUACAUCGCUAACGCUAAGGAAGGAAAAUCAAGAAAAACCACUAAACCAAUGCAAUGGGUUCUGAAGUUGUUCUCGUUACCGGAGGCCAAGGGUUCCUUGGACAACACAUCAUUCGCUUGCUUCAGCAAGACCCAAAAGUAGCUGAGAUCCGCGUCAUUGACAAAAAGAUGUUUACCAAUCGUAUUGGCUUCGAGGAGAAAAAGGUCGUAAAAUCAUUCGUGGCUGAUAUUUCUAAACCGGAAACCAUGGGAAAUGAGAUCUUCGAUGGUGUAAAUUGCGUUAUCCAUACCGCUGCAGAGACGGGAUUUAGCCAUUUCCCUUCCGCUAAAAUAAUGGAAGAGGUGAACGUUAAUGGUACUCGUCAUGUAAUACAUAAGUGCAUCACAGCCAAUGUGGGUUGUUUAAUCUUUACAAGUACCACUCAUGUGGUGAUACCCAAGAAAGAUCCGCUAUUCCUGGCCACUGAGCAUUUGGCAAAGGCUCCCCCUAAAGACGGUUUCCUUUUCGGCCACUAUGGUCGAACUAAGCACGACGCAGAGAAUCUAAUCAGAGACGCCAAUGGAAAACGUUUAGCCGACGGUUCGGGAAAUCUUGCGACGCUUUGCCUUCGUCCUACGCUGCUAUACGGGGAAUUAGACCCAUAUUAUGUCACCCAUGCCUUGAAGAUUGCUAAAGACCAUGGCGGGUGCUUGUACCGGAUUGGAUGGGGUGGUGAAAGAAUUCAAGUCACGUAUGCUGGAAAUGCAGCUUGGGCUCAUAUCCUUGCCAAGGAUCAGCUGAUGAAAGAGCCAACGAUCGUUGGUGGUGAAGUAAUAUUUGUCACAGAUGACACUGUCAUUCAAAAUGCUUUUGAGUUCCUAGAUCCCUUUCUGAAAGCUCGAUCUAUGAAAGCAUCAACAUUUGUAUAUCCGGCUACUCUUGCUGUAAUUUUCGUUCUCUUUCUGUAUUUUGUGUCGCGCAUGCUGCGCCCACUAGUGCACCUAAAAAACCCUUUUCCGCAUCCGUCGACUCUAUAUUUCAUUGUCUGUUUUUACUGUUUUAAUCGACUCAAGGCUACUCUGCGUCUCGGAUACAAACCUAUUUACAGUCCAGAGGAGGCGAUUAGUAAGUCGUUGGAUUAUUAUAAAAAUGUCCCACUGUCCUAAGGAAAUUUUUCAUGAUUCAUUCUUGUUAUCUCUAUGAACAAUUAAAUGUAUGUGUAUUAGAAAUUAUUCAAACAUAAUAUGAUAAAAAUAUAUGGAAUAGACCUCUUAA